UUUUCAUAAUGGAAAACGAAGGAAAUAAAAAAUCUAUAAAAGAACGAACCAAGGCAAAGCAUAAAGAAAAGCAAUCAAAAGAAAUGAAUGAAAGCAGCAAUAAACAAGUUGCAGCAUUGUUUUCUCAUUUAGAAAUCGCGAAAGGUGCUAAUGCAAGUUUAGCGUCCAGAGAUAUUCAUCCCGCGGUUUUAGUUAUAGGGUUACAAUUUGCCGAUUUUAAAAUUUGUGGAGCUAAUGCUCGUUGUAUUGCUACUUUAACAGCUUUCAAAAAGGUAAUCCAAGAUUACAAAACACCAGAAGGGACAACUCUGUCUCGUCAUUUGCCUACCCAUUUAUCUCCCCAGAUAAGUUAUUUGGUGAAUUCAAGACCUAUGUCGGUCGGUAUGGGUAAUGCAAUUCGUCACUUAAAAUUGGAGAUAUCUACAAUGGAUAUUGAUCUAGCCGAUGAUGAUGCAAAACUUUUGUUAUGUGAGAAAAUCGAUAACUUUAUUCGCGAUCGUAUUACAGUUGCAGAUCGCGUUAUAGUUAGCUAUGGAUUACAGAAAAUACAGGAUGGCGAUGUAAUAUUGACAUAUGCUAGGUCGUCGGUUGUACAGGCAUUGUUAUUGGAGGCUCACGCAAAAGGAAUACAAUUUAAAGUUAUCAUUGUGGAUUCAAGGCCGAGACUUGAAGGAAAAGGACUUUUGAGAUGUCUUGUGGAUGCCGGAAUAAGUUGUACGUAUGCCUUUCUUCAUGCAGUUGGGUUCGUAUUAAAGGAUGUUUCAAAAGUUUUUCUGGGAGCACAUGCCUUUAUGUCAAAUGGCGCACUUUAUUCAAGAGUUGGUACUGCAAUGGUGGCAAUGAUGGCCAAGGAAAAAAAUAUUCCUGUUAUUGUAUGUUGCGAGACAUACAAGUUUGCAGAGAAGGUUCAAUUGGAUUCAUUUGUUAUGAAUGAACAAGGAAAUCCUGACGAAAUGGUGAAUAUUUCUACAACUUCAACUCCAAAAGCUGGAUUGUUGGAUGGAUGGCUUCAUAAACCAGAUUUAAAACUUUUGAACUUGUUACAUGAUUUAACGCCAUCAAAGUAUAUUACAACUGUAAUCACUGAAGUUGGCAUGAUUCCAUGUACAAGUGUUCCUGUGAUAUUGAGAGAAUACAAGCAAGUAUAAAAUAUAAGGUUGAGCAAAAAAUUUUUUGAUUUGUUUAUAUUUAAUAAAAAUUUUGUAAUUUUGUACAGUAUCAUAUUUUGUAUAGUCAAAACACAAUCAAUGAGACAUGUUUUUGUGCAAGAUGCGUAAAUUGCAUUCCUUUAUAGUUAGUCGGUUUUAUGCACAAACUUGGAAUUAUGUCAGUUCCACUGAAACUAAUCGGGUGGCUUUUAACCUGAAUAAUGUUCGAUUUUGGCCAGAACUAUGCUUAAUUUUGGCCAAGAUAAUUACC